GUUUACACACCAGUUUUUGUGACUGGGUGUUGAUCAAGUGGUUUACUGGGCCCAGAGGGAGGUCAACCGUUAAAAGAUGGACACAGACGUGAAGCGUACAAAGUUUAUCAAGCGUGUCUCCUUUAUCUGUCUUCUGCUGCAUUGGGCUGUGUUGCUAGGCGACGUCACUCGUGCAGACGACCAACACGUCAUCGUGUCCACGGCAAGUGGCCAGGUGAGAGGUGUUGUUGUUGAUGGCGGCUUGGAGCAGAGAGUCAACAAGUUUAUGGGAAUUCCCUAUGGCAAGUCUCCAACCGGUCCGAGACGUUUUGCUAAGCCUGAAGCAGCCGACAGCUGGCAAGGGGUCAGGGAUGCUACAGCCCCGAGCCCCCAGUGUCCACAGAUUGACCCCCUAGAUAGAAGCGAUGGACCCCCCAUGGACGAAGACUGCCUGAACUUGAACGUGUUCGUAUCCGUCGUGUCGGCAGACGGACUUCCGGUCGUGUCGGCUGACCGACUUCCGGUCAUGGUCUGGAUCCACGGGGGCUCCUUUUAUUUCGGGACCGGCGCAAAGUUUGACGGCGCCCCAUUAGCCCGAAAGGGCGUGGUCGUAGUGACGGUCAACUACCGCCUGGACGCCAUGGGGUUUCUCAGCACAGAAGAUGACGUCAUCGCCGGGAACUUCGGGCUCCUGGAUCAAAUCCUGGCUCUGCAUUGGGUCCAGAGAAACAUCCAGUACUUUGGUGGUGACGCCGGUCAUGUGACCGUGUUUGGGGAAAGUGCCGGUGGCGCAUGCGUGGCCCUGCUUGUUCUCAGUCCCCUGGCUAGCGGGCUGUUCCACAAUGCCAUCGUAGAAAGUGGCUCCUCCCUCGCUUUCUGGACCCUGAGCUACCCAGCCAACCAGCCCAAAGCCCAGGACAUCGCUAGACUAGUGGGAGACAAAGUAAACUGCACGCAACCGGACUCUGACGGCUUCUUGGUGUGUAUGCGUGGCGUGGAGGCGGGCAGGAUCAUUAACGCGAGCCAUGACGUCAGAACUAAUGCAGGUUAUGACGUCAUGUUCAUACCUCGGGUGGAGACGGUCUACAGAGUUAUCCCGGAUCUGCCCCUGAACUUGUUGCUGACGGGACGGUUGAAUCACGUGCACACAAUCCGCGGCUACAACACACACGAGGCGUGGUAUUUCCUGGACAACACAACUGAGGAGACAACUCGCGAGGGUUUUAGACAAAAUUUAAUGGGAGUUCUUUCCCCUUUUAACAUCCCGAAUAUACUAGACUUAUUAAACCACUAUGAAGAUGUUUACCUAGGCAACACGACUGACCGGAAGUACAUUCAGCGUCAGCUGUUAGCGGCACUUUCAGACACCGUGUUUAUCGUUCCGACCGUGCAGGAAAUUCUCCUUGAAUCGCGUGCCUCCCCCAACCACCAGCACUACCUGUACGAGUUCCGCUACAAGAAAAGUGUCAGCGCCCUACCUGACUGGGUCCACGCUGUACACGGAGACGAAGUCCCCUUUGUCUUCCACGCGUUUGGCAGCCAUUUCUUUUGGCCGGAGGGGAGGGGGGCCACACAAAACGACACGGACGUAUCGGAACUGAUGAUGGCCUUGUGGACAAACUUUGCUCGUUUCCGUGACCCCACACACAAUGGGACGGCUGUCACGUGGGAGCCGUUGACCACUUCCCACUUAAAUCUCCUUAGGGUGGACGUGCCCCCAAUGUCGACAGUCUACCAGGACGGGGGGACCAGAGAUUUGUACAGCAAACUACUGAGGGAGUUGAUGUCAGUAACCCCAAACACGGUCGUAGGUUGAAGGUGUUGAUGUCAGUAACCCCCAACACGGUCGUUGGAUGAAGGUGUUGAUGUCAGUAACCCCCAACACGGUCGUUGGAUGAAGGUGUUGAUGUCAAUAACCCCCAACACGGUCGUUGGUUGAAGGUGUUGAUGUCAGUAACCCCCAACACGGUCGUUGGAUGAAGGUGUUGAUGUCAGUAACCCCCAACACGGUCGUAGGUUGAAGGUGUUGAUGUCAGUAACCCCCAACACGGUCGUAGGUUGAAGGUGUUGAUGUCAGUAACCCCCAACACGGUCGUAGGUUGAAGGUGUUGAUGUCAGUAACCCCCAACACGGUCGUAGGUUGAAGGUGUUGAUGUCAGUAACCCCCAACACGGUCGUAGGUUGAAGGUGUUGAUGUCAGUAACCCCCAACACGGUCGUAGGUUGAAGGUGUUGAUGUCAGUAACCCCCAACACGGUCGUUGGUUGAAGGUGUUGAUGUCAGUAACCCCCAACACGGUCGUUGGUUGAAGGUGUUGAUGUCAGUAACCCCCAACACGGUCAUUGGAUGAAGGUGUUGAUGUCAGUAACCCCCAACACGGUCGUUGGUUGAAGGUGUUGAUGUCAGUAACCCCCAACACGGUCGUAGGUUGAAGGUGUUGUAGUUACUGUUUAAGUGGAUGGAUUAAAUACCUCAAUUCUC